CCACGCCGUUGGGCCGUAGACUUGCAUUGGAAUCAGAGGUACGUCGAUGGUGAAAGUAGUAGAGGAACUAAAUGGGUAGAUGGGCCCUCCGUUGAUCGUUAUUUUCGGUUGUAGACAUGAUCUCCUUUCUUCCUUUCCCUCGGUUUCAGUAUCCCAUCUUCAUCAUCAAAUGCAGCGAGCCUUUGGAGAAGUGCUUUGUCGCUGACCGGCUGACCUCUACGGCUCUGCUUUGAGACUCUGUCUCCUUCCGACUAUUAUCUUCUUGACUUUUCCUUUCAACCACUAAAACACCCAUCGCUUAAUUAUGCGCUCUUGCCUUUAAAUUUUUUAAGUAAGAAGAAUGUUAGGGAUUUUUUCUCGUCGCUCGCCAGCUUCUUCUUCUUCUUCUUCUUCUUCCUCUUUUUGUCUUAAACUCAGUUGAGUCUCCGGUGGAUAUGCAGAGUUUUCCGAUGUUUAAUUUUAUGGAUUAAGGUUUUUUAUUCACAAAAUGGCAAAUGAUGCAGUCAAUGUUGUGGAACAUCCAUAUUAUACUUCAGUGAAGGUGCAUCGUUCAAUGUGCUUCGAACUUAAAAAAAUUAUCGAUAGGCUCUCACAGAUAUUUCCUGCUAUUGAGUCUGCUCAACCACGAUCAUCCUCAGGAUUACAGGCACUGUGCUCUUUAAAUGAUGCAAUGGAUAAAGUGAAGUUACUUAUUCAGAGCUGCUCUGAGUCUAGUAAACUCUAUUUGGCUAUUACUGCAGAUAGGAUGGUGCUGAGAUGUGAAAAGGCACGAAAUGUAAUCGAGUCAUGUUUGACUCAAAUCCAAAAUCUGGUUCCCCCACCGUUGGCUGCAAGGGUGUCCGGAAUAGUUGAUGAUCUUAGGCAUGCAAGGUUUACUGUGGAACCUGCUGAAGAUGAAGCUGGGAAGGUUGUUCUAGCGCUGCUCCGUCAGGACACACCUGCAUCAUCUUCCACGAACAAUUCAGAGUUGGAAGCUCUUCAAUUUUCUGCUUUGAGGCUGAAUAUCACGAACCAUAUAGCGCUUUUGAUAGAGAAGAGGUCUAUUAAGAGGCUACAUGAUAAAGCCCGUGACACAGAAACAACAAAGAAAAAAAUUUUGAGGUACCUACUAUAUCUUUUGAGGAAGUAUGGGAAAACAAUUUGCGGACGCCAAUCAGAAAGCAACCUUGCCUUGUGUGAAGAGUCACCUAAUCAGUCUUUUGAAUCAGAAUCCCAUGGGAGAAAUGAUGAUAGGGAACAAGUUGAUGAUUCUUGUUCACCCACACCUCCUGAAGAAUUCAAAUGUCCUAUCUCUAUGAGACUAAUGCAUGAUCCAGUUAUUAUAGCUUCUGGACAGACAUUUGAAAGAGUGUGCAUUGAAAAGUGGUUUAACGAGGGUAAUGACUCUUGUCCAGUGACUCACAUUAAGGUGCCCCAUACGUCCCUGACCCCAAACUGUGGAAUGAAGGAUCUUAUUUCCAAAUGGUGCCUGAGACAUGGACUUGCUAUUUCUGACCCAUCUCCCCAACCAAUUCCUGGACUGCGCAUUUCUAGGGAAGCUUCAUCAUCCUGUUCUGUUGUUAGCUUUGGCAGUUCUAUGAAUGAAUUGCGCCUUCAAAUCAGCAAUGUAUCACUUCGUUCUUCAGAUACCAACUGCGGUUCACAUACACUGGAUGUCAAGAUUGAUGAUGGUUGUAGUUAUAUUCCUCCUCAGAUGAUUGCCAAUACUUGUAGAUCUGACUCUUCUACAGAUAACCAUGGUGUGAAUUUAGCUUUUCUUUCAACACUACCAUGGGAAGAUCAAUGCAAGGCAGUGGGAGAUAUUAAAAAUAAUUUGAAAGAUAAUGAAAAGGCACGUUUUUUAAAGUUUUCUAGUAGUUAUAUUAAACCCCUGAUCAAAUUUUUGAAGAACGCACAGGAUUUGUGUGAACCAAAAUCUCAGAGAGAUGGAGCCAAGGUGCUUCUGGCAGUUUUGCUUGAGAGCAGAAAUGAGGUGCCACCUUUACACGAAGAUGCAAUCUAUGUGCUGGCAUCAUUCAUAGAUUCUGAAAUCAGCGAAGAAGCUCUUCAAAUCAUGGAAGUUCUGUCUCGCCAACACUUCUAUAAGACUAAAAUCGUGGCAUCUGGAGUUCUUCCUUCCAUCUUGAAAGUCCUCGAUUCCCAAAUUAGGAAGAAUCACGUGCUCGCUAUGAAGAUUCUACACAAAUUGUCCUCAAGCAGUGACAUUGGAUACCACCUAGUGUAUCUGGAUUGCAUCCCUAAGAUCAUUCCGUUUUUGAGUGAUCGUAUUCUUGCUGGAUAUUGCUUAGAAAUUCUCAGCAACUUACUGAAUACUGAAGAGGCUGUGGUUGCAGUUGCUGAAACCAAUAUAUGCAUUGCUUCCAUUGCUGAACUGCUAGAAAAUGGAACUAAAGAGCAACAAGAACAUGCUGUUGAUGUUCUCCUUUCCUUAUGUCAUUGUUGCCCUGGGUAUCAUGAACUGGCCAUGCAAGAGAACAUUAUCCAAUCUUUAGCAAGUGUUUGUGUCAAUGGGAAUUCCAGAGGAAAGGUGGUUGCGAAGGAACUGCUUCAGCUGCUGAGAGAUGUUACCAACGAUGAUGUUCGAGAAAAUCAACUUCCAAAUACAGUUUUGAACCUGGACAUAGCACAGAACUCUGCUAGCCGCCCUAAAAAACUUAAAUCAUCUUCUAAGGCAUCUAAAUUUUUUAGAGGGAAAAUUAAUUCAAUAUUUUUAAAAUGAAGUCCUUAGAAUUCCCUGAGGUUAUCCACAUAAAUUGGCUCUUGUCAUGGAGAAAACUAUAAACGGGUAAGCAUAUGGUUGAUCCCUUCCUAAUCGAGCCUGCCUGUGUUGCUUAAUGAAGAGCUAGUGGGGGCAAGUUUCAGCAUGUUGAAGAUACAGCCACGACGCCUUCUCAGCAUACCAGACUGCUGCACUCCAGGCACUACGAGGACACCAGCCAACGGCCAAAUAUUCCAGAAGAAUCUCUACGUAACAGCAUCGCUGAGGUGGCAGGACAAAAUUGUAAAUUGCAAUUAAUUCUGUUAUCUGUAAAGGCUAUAUAUUCAGGCCUAUCCCUGUGUAAUGGAUAUAACAAAAUUAAAAAAAAAAAAAGGAAGGAGGAAAUCAAUUCAUUCUGCAGCAAA